GGGGCGGCCGCUGGAGCCCUGGAGCGCCGCGGGCGCGGGGCGUAGAGGCGGCCGCGGCGAAGCUCGGCCCUGCGGCUGAGGCGGCAGCUGCGGCGUCGGCGGCCGCCGCCUCUUCGUCUUCCUCGUCCUCGGCUCGGUCCUGCUCGGGCGGUCUGGGCCCACGGACCCUCCUCGGCCUCGCCUGGGUCCCCGUCGCCGCGUCCCCUCCAUCGCCCGCGGGCGCGAGGCGGGCACGGCCGCGGCAUGUGGCGCUGGGUCCGGCAGCAGCUGGGUUUUGACCCACCACAUCAAAGUGACACAAGAACAAUUUAUAUAGCAAACAGAUUUCCUCAGAAUGGCCUUUAUACUCCUCAAAAAUUUAUAGAUAACCGAAUCAUUUCAUCUAAGUAUACAGUGUGGAAUUUUGUUCCCAAAAAUUUAUUUGAACAAUUCAGAAGAGUAGCAAACUUUUACUUUCUUAUUAUCUUUUUGGUCCAGCUUAUGAUUGAUACUCCUACAAGUCCUGUUACCAGUGGACUUCCGUUAUUCUUUGUGAUAACUGUAACCGCCAUCAAGCAGGGAUAUGAAGACUGGUUACGACACAAAUCCGAUAAUGAAGUAAAUGGAGCACCUGUUUAUGUUGUUCGAAGUGGUGGCCUUGUGAAAACUAGAUCAAAGAACAUCCGGGUAGGGGAUAUUGUCAGAAUUGCCAAAGAUGAGAUUUUUCCUGCUGAUUUGGUGCUUCUGUCUUCAGACAGAGGGGAUGGUUCAUGCCAUGUUACUACUGCUAGCCUGGAUGGAGAAACUAACCUCAAGACACAUGUGGCAGUUCCAGAAACAGCAGUGUUGCAAACCGUUGCCAAAUUGGACACACUCAUAGCUGUGAUAGAAUGUCAGCAGCCAGAAGCAGACUUAUACAGAUUCAUUGGAAGAAUGAUACUGAAUCAACAAAUGGAAGAAAUUGUAAGACCUCUUGGACCUGAAAGUCUCUUGCUUCGUGGAGCCAGAUUAAAGAACACAAAAGAAAUUUUUGGUGUUGCAAUAUAUACAGGAAUGGAAACUAAGAUGGCAUUAAAUUAUAAGAGCAAGUCACAGAAGCGAUCAGCAGUAGAGAAGUCAAUGAAUACCUUUUUGAUAAUAUAUCUUAUAAUCCUUAUUUCUGAAGCCAUCAUCAGUACAAUCCUGAAAUAUACAUGGCAAGCAGAAGAAAAAUGGGAUGAACCUUGGUAUAACCAAAAAACGGAGCAUCAGCGAAAUAGCAGUAAGAUUCUGAGGUUUAUUUCUGACUUUCUUGCUUUUUUGGUGCUCUACAAUUUUAUCAUUCCAAUUUCACUUUAUGUGACAGUCGAGAUGCAGAAAUUCCUUGGCUCAUUUUUUAUUGGCUGGGAUCUUGAUCUCUAUCAUGAAGAAACAGAUCAGAAAGCACAAGUCAAUACUUCAGAUCUGAAUGAAGAACUGGGACAGGUGGAAUAUGUGUUUACAGAUAAAACUGGAACUCUGACUGAAAAUGAGAUGCAGUUUCGAGAGUGUUCAAUUAAUGGCAUAAAAUACCAAGAAAUUAAUGGCAGACUGGUGCCAGAGGGACCAACCCCGGAAUCUUCAGAAGGUUUGGCAUACCUUAGGAGCCUGGCCCAUCUCAGCACCUCAGCCCAUCUUGCAAUCACUUCUGAAAAUGAAACAGAACUAAUCAAAGAACAAGAUCUCUUCUUCAAAGCAGUUGGUCUCUGUCAUACAGUGCAGAUCAGUAGUGGCCAAUCCGAUGGCCUUGGGGAUGGUCCCUGGCACCCCAGUGCCACAUCUUCACAGUUCGAGUACUAUGCUGCUUCCCCAGAUGAAAAGGCCUUAGUUGAGGCUGCUGCAAGAAUUGGUGUCGUGUUUAUGGGCAGUACUGAAGAAACUAUGGAAAUUAAAACCCUUGGAAAAGUUGAAAGGUACAAAUUGCUUCAUGUUCUGGAGUUUGAUUCAGAUCGUAGGCGAAUGAGUGUGAUUGUACAAUCUCCUUCAGGUGAGAAACUUUUGUUUUCUAAAGGAGCAGAGUCUUCAAUUCUUCCUAACUGUAUUGGUGGUGAAAUAGAAAAAACAAGAAUUCAUGUAGAUGAAUUUGCUUUGAAAGGGCUAAGAACUCUGUGUGUGGCAUAUAGACAGUUCACGCCUGAAGAGUUUGAAGAAGUGGACAGACGCCUUUUUGCCGCCAGAACUGCCUUGCAGCAGCGAGAAGAGAAGUUAGCAGAGGCAUUCCACUUCAUAGAGAGAGAGCUGCUGUUACUUGGGGCAACGGGUGUAGAAGACAGGCUUCAAGAUAAAGUGAGAGAAACCAUUGAAGCCCUGCGCAUGGCGGGCAUCAAAAUCUGGGUACUUACUGGAGACAAACAUGAAACCGCCAUCAGUGUGAGUUUAUCGUGUGGACAUUUUCACAGAACCAUGAACAUCCUUGAACUGGUCAACCAGAAAUCAGACAGUGAGUGUGCAGAGCAGCUGAGGCGACUCGCUAGAAGAAUCGCUGAAGACCAUGUGAUCCAGCACGGGCUGGUGGUGGAUGGGAGCAGUCUCUCCCUGGCCCUGAGGGAGCAUGAGAAGAUAUUCAUGGAUGUGUGUAAAAGCUGCUGUGCUGUCCUCUGCUGCCGAAUGGCCCCACUGCAGAAGGCAAAAGUAAUAAGACUGAUAAAAAUCUCUCCAGAAAAACCUAUAACGUUGGCUGUUGGUGAUGGUGCUAAUGAUGUAAGCAUGAUACAAGAAGCACAUGUUGGCAUAGGAAUUAUGGGAAAAGAAGGAAGACAGGCUGCUCGAAACAGCGACUAUGCAAUUGCAAGAUUUAAAUUCCUCUCCAAAUUGCUUUUUGUCCAUGGCCAUUUUUAUUAUAUUAGAAUAGCAACCCUUGUACAAUACUUUUUUUAUAAGAAUGUGUGUUUCAUCACACCCCAGUUUUUGUAUCAGUUCUAUUGUUUGUUUUCACAACAAACACUGUAUGACAGCGUAUACCUGACUUUAUACAAUAUUUGUUUCACUUCCUUACCUAUUCUGAUAUAUAGUCUUUUGGAACAGCAUGUACAUCCUCACGUCUUACAGAGCAAACCUACCCUAUAUCGGGACAUAAGUAAAAAUAGUCACUUGAGCAUUAAAAAAUUUCUUUAUUGGACAAUCCUUGGUUUCAGUCAUGCCUUCAUUUUCUUUUUUGGAUGCUAUUUUCUAAUAUGGAAAGACAUAUCUCUGCUUGGAAAUGGCCAGAUGUUUGGAAAUUGGACAUUUGGUACAUUAGUCUUCACAGUAAUGGUUAUUACAGUCACAGUAAAGAUGGCUUUGGAGACUCAUUUCUGGACCUGGAUAAAUCAUGUUGUUACCUGGGGAUCCAUUGUAUUUUAUUUUGCAUUCUCUUUGUUUUAUGGAGGAAUUUUCUGGCCAUUUCUGGAUAUAUACUUUGUAUUCAUUCAACUUCUGUCAAGCGGUUCUGCUUGGUUUGCCAUAAUCCUUAUAGUGGUUACUUGCCUAUUUCUUGAUGUUGUGAAGAAAGUGUUUGAUCGACAGCUACAUCCAACGAGUACUGAGAAGGCCCAGCUUACUGAAACAAAUCCCGGGGUCAAGUGCUUGGACUCCGUAUGCUGUUUCUCAGAGGGGCAAGCAGCGUGUGCAUCUUUUGGAAGGAUGCUGGACCGAGUGAUGGGGAGCUGUAGCCCAGCCCAGGUUAACAGAUCAUGGAGCUCAUCGGACCCCUUCUGUACCAACGACAGGAGCAUCCUGACCCUCUCCACAAUGGACUCAUCUGCUUGUUAAAGGAACAGUAGCACUUUGUGGGCAGCCAUGUCAGGCUUUUCCCGAAAGUUCAGUGGGAUUCUUCGGUUAGUGACCAUUAGUUGAGCCAAACUUCUUCCUGAAACCAGUGAAAUAGGGCACUUACUCAAGUUCAAGAGUAAAGAAAAAAAUCUUUUAGAGGAGUAAAUGCCUUCCAUAUAUGGUUUUUCUUUAUUCCAACCCCAAACAAAUUAUACGUUGUACAUAAAUUGAAAACAUCCCUCUCCUGGUUUAGGUUGCUGCCUCACAGGGUAAUUGCAAUCCUAAGAACCAAAUGCCAUUUAGCUGUUGCUGAGGACACGGUUUUGCUAACAAGGUGGGAAAGGGAGAGGGAGCUCCUGUUUACAUGUUAAAAUGUUCAGUAAUCAGCUAGGGCCCACUGCUAUUUAAAGCUGCUUCUGUAAAUUGUGCUGAAAAGUUUGCCUUAAAAACUCUAUUUUUUUAGUCUAUAUUUUUUAUUCUAUUGAAGCUUCUUGUGGCAGAAGUGUUAGCUGCAUUUGAGUAAAGGUCCCCUCCCCCUCCUCCCCAUGAUCCAUGUUACCACUUUAUAGAUUUCUGUAAAGUUCCUGGGACAGGGUUUUUAAGGGUUGCCUCUGUGCAGACGGUACAGCUGUGCCCAUGCAGCCUCGUAUAAACGGGUGGCAACAGAACCAGGAAAGUUCAUGUCUAAGACCAGAGAGGUGUAAUUCUUGUUCCAAUUAAAACAAAAGCCAGAGCUAUUUCUUUCAUUUUUAACCAUUUACUAGGGAGCUUUUAUGAAGAAAAGGACCAUUUCAUUAGCAUAGGCAUUGUUUAUAACUUUAUCAUUGAUGGAUUUUUUUUGCAUGUUUUAAUCCAGUUAAUGUAUUUCAAUUUGGUCUUGCUGUAUUUUAAGAACUUAAGCCUUUUCUCUACCCUUCAUUAAUCUAAAGACUAUUGAUCAUCUAUUUUGUGACAAUGUUGUACAUACAGAUGUAUGAAAUAAAAGAACAUGAAUUGUUUGGACAGUA